GAUGCAGCACUACACGACUGCAGCAAAACACACGGCUCGUAUCAUCCACGCGUGAAACGCUGCCCAUUGGACAUUUCUCCUGCUUUUGAUUUUCCAAACGGGACAUGAUAAUGACGAGAGAGCUACAUUAACAGCCAAACAUCUCUUAAACACCACACUGGUUUAAAGGACACAUUUCUAACCUCCGAUACGCUGGAUAGACGCCUUCCUUUCCAGAAAUGAAUCCUAAGGACUGAUUCAGCCCUUUCAUUUGAUGUUGAGUCGAGAGACAAGAUUGCCAUGGAAGUGAAAGAACGCAGACCUUACCGCUCCCUGACCUCCAGACGGGACACGGAGCGUCGGUACACCAGUUCAUCAGCCGACAGCGAGGAUGGCAAGCUCAACCCAAAGUCUUACAGCUCCAGUGAGACCCUCAAAGCUUUCGACCAGGACUCCAGAUUAGCUUAUGGCAGCCGGGUCAAAGACGUUGUGCACCAUGAGGCCGACGAGUUCAGCAGGCAGGGUGCAGACUUCUCUCUUAGAGACAUGGCCUUUGCGGAUCCAGUGUUGCCCCAUAUGACAUCAUAUAGGACAGAAAUGGGCCUGCCCCAUCGUGACUACUCUGUCAGCGUGGGGUCGGAUGCUGACACAGAAACGGAUGGGAUCAUGUCCCCGGAGCACGCUGUCCGUCUCUGGGGUCGCAGCAACCCCAAAUCAGGCCGUAGCUCCUGCCUAUCCAGCAGGGCCAAUUCCAACCUCACCUUAACCGACACGGAGCACGAAAACACAGAAAACGGUGCACCUCUCCAUUGCUCAUCUGCAUCCUCUUCCCCUGUCGACUCCCCCUACCCUCCCCCCUCCCAUGCAGCGAAUCAGGGCCAUGGAAGGUUGCUAGGUAACAGUGGGGCUCAGGCCGGCCGGGACUCUGAGUCAGAAGAUGAGUUUGGCCCCAAUUCAUUCUUAGUUAAAACCGGCUCAGGGAACGUCUGUGCUCUGGCCACUGCGACUGCUAACGAAGGCUCCUUCCAGAAUCAUUCCCGUUUACGGACGCCGCCGCUGCCCCUCUCUCACUCCCACUCGCCCAGUCAGCACCACAGCGCCUCCGUUGGCUCCCUGAGUCACAGCAACUACACCCAGCGCAGUAACCCGAGCCCGGCACCCACCGAUAACUCGACUCUCAAUGAGGGUCCUCCCAGUGCCCAGGACUCAGGCAGCGCCCAGGACAACUGGCUUUUAAACAGCAACGUCCCACUAGAGACCAGGAGCCAGAAUACUCUAAUGUUUAUCAGAGAAGAACAGGACGCUUGCAGAGAGAGGCAUGGGUCGUACAACACAAGAAACAUAGCAAAGCAGACAUUCCUAGAGACUUUACAGGACAACUUUAUAGAGAUGGACACACUGGCCACAGCUCGCCGUGACGGCGCUUACACCGAUGGACACUUUCUAUUCAAGCCUGGUGGGACUUCGCCCUUAUACUGCACUACGUCACCCGGCUACCCCUUGACGUCCAGCACGGUGUACUCGCCCCCACCCCGUCCCCUGCCACGAAGCACAUUUUCGCGGCCCGCCUUCACCCUGAAGAAACCCUACAAGCAUUGCAACUGGAAAUGUGCUGCCCUCAGUGCCAUUCUCAUCUCUGUCACGCUGGUGUUCCUGUUGGCCUACUUUAUUGCCAUGCACCUCUUCGGACUCAACUGGCAUUUGCAGCCGAUGCAGAGGCAAAUUUAUCAGUUGACAGAGGACAACACAAGUGGCCUGCAUCUACCGACGGACCUGGGCUUGCCACCUUUAGGCAACACGGGUCUGGAGUUCCCUGACCGAGGAAUCAAAGAUGAUGGUAAACUAGACGGCUUUUUCCCAGAGGACAGCUUCAUAGACAUGGGAGAGAUAGACGUGGGACGCAAAGUCGGACAGCUGAUCCCGCCAGGAAUCUUUUGGAGGUCGCAGGUCUUUAUCGACCACCCCAUGUACCUCAAAUUCAACGUGUCUCUCAGUAAAGAUGCAUUGGUGGGGAUCUAUGGAAGAAGAGGGCUGCCUCCAUCACACACACAGUUUGACUUUGUGGAACUGUUGGACGGUCGUCGGCUCCUGGCUCAGGGGGUGCCGAGCAUCGAAGGGCCACCUUUUCCAGCCCAGCAACGAAGCCUGGCUCCCCUAACCAAUCACGAUACGGGAUUCAUACAGUACAUGGACUCGGGCAUCUGGCACCUGGCCGUGUACAAUGAUGGAAAGGAAACAGAACAGGUGUCGUUUCUAACAACUGCAAUUGACUCGAUUGAUGACUGUCCUAGUAACUGUUUUGGGAAUGGAGACUGCGUAGCCGGAAACUGCCACUGUUUUCCCGGCUUCAGAGGACCUGACUGCAGCAGAGCGUCCUGUCCCGUACUGUGCAGUGGAAACGGUCAGUACCUGAAAGGACGUUGCAUGUGUCACAGUGGCUGGAAAGGGUCCGAAUGUGACGUUCCUACCAACCAGUGCAUCGACAUCACUUGCAGCGGACACGGCACGUGCAUUGUGGGAACGUGCAUCUGUAAUCCAGGCUACAAGGGGGAGAACUGUGAAGAAGUGGACUGCAUAGACCCAACCUGCUCAGGGAGAGGAGUUUGUGUACGUGGAGAAUGUCACUGUUUUGUUGGAUGGGGAGGACCUGGAUGCGAAAGUCCACGCGCUUCAUGUAUGGAGCAGUGCUCGGGUCAUGGGACCUUCUUGGCUGAUACCAAUUCAUGUAAUUGUGACCCCAACUGGACCGGUCACGACUGCUCCACAGAGCUGUGCGCAGCCGACUGUGGUGGACACGGCAUCUGCGUGGCGGGCAGCUGCCGUUGCGACGAGGGCUGGAUGGGCACCGGAUGUGAGCAACGGGCGUGUCACCCGCGCUGCAGCGAGCAUGGGACGUGCAAAGAUGGAAAAUGCGAAUGCAGCCCAGGCUGGAACGGAGAGCACUGUACCAUCGCUCACUAUCUGGAUAAGGUAGUGAAAGAGGGCUGUCCUGGUCUGUGCAAUGGCAACGGCAGAUGCACGCUCGGUAAUAAUGGCUGGUACUGCGUUUGUCAGCUGGGCUGGCGGGGAGCAGGCUGCGACACAUCAAUGGAGACGGCCUGCAGCGACGGCAAGGACAACGAUGGAGAUGGUUUGAUGGACUGCAUGGACCCGGAUUGCUGCCUGCAGACUUCUUGUCACACCACGUCUCUAUGUGUGGGCUCCCCUGAUCCACUAGACAUCAUCCAGGAAUCACAGAUCUCCUCUACCCAGAGCACCCUGCAGUCAUUUUACCACCGUGUCCGCUUUCUGGUUGGCCGGGACAGUACCCACGUCAUCCCUGGUGUCAAUCCGUUUGACGGCAUUCAUGCUUGUGUUAUCCGAGGACAAGUGGUGACUUCAGACGGAACGCCGUUGGUUGGUGUGAAUAUCAGCUUCAUCAAUAAACCAGCCUAUGGGUAUAGCAUCACCCGACAGGAUGGCAGCUUCGACCUGGUGAGUAAUGGGGGCGUGGCCAUAGCCCUAAGGUUUGAACGUGCUCCGUUUAUCACUCAAGAGCACACCUUGUGGUUGCCGUGGGGACGAUUUUUCGUUAUGGACACCAUCGUGAUGCGGCACGAGGUGAACGACAUCCCCAGUUGUGAUCUGAGCAGCUUCACCCGGCCCAUGCCCAUAGUUCUGCCCGCCCCGCUGACGGCAUUCGCCGGGACCUGCAACGAGAGGGGUGCCGUCGUCCCAGAGAUUCAGACUCUCCAAGAAGAGGUGCAAAUCUCGGGUACAGACAUGCGUCUGGGGUACCUGAGCAGCCGGACAGCGGGGUAUAAAUCGCUUCUGCGUAUCACCCUGACACAUUCAACCAUCCCCUUCAGUCUGAUGAAGGUUCAUCUCAUGGUGGCUGUUGAAGGAAGGCUCUUUAGGAAAUGGUUCUCAGCAGCACCAAAUCUCUCCUAUGACUUUGUCUGGGACAAGGCAGACGUCUACAGCCAAAAAGUAUACGGCCUAUCUGAAGCUUUUGUGUCAGUGGGUUUCGAGUAUGAGUCCUGCCCAGAUCUUAUCCUCUGGGAGAAGCGGACGGCCGUCCUGCAGGGAUACGAGACCACGGCGUCCAAUCUGGGUGGCUGGAGCCUGGACAAACAUCACGCACUGAACAUUCAGAGUGGUAUCCUGCACAAGGGCAACGGCGAAAACAUCUUCAUCUCCCAGCAGCCCCCAGUCAUCGGAAGCAUCAUGGGUAACGGGAGGAGACGCAGUAUCUCCUGUCCGAGCUGUAACGGGCUAGCUGACGGAAAUAAGCUGCUCGCACCCGUAGCCUUAGCCUGCGGAUCCGACGGCAGUCUUUACGUAGGAGAUUUCAACUACGUCCGUCGAAUUUUCACCACUGGAAAUGUCACAAGUGUCUUAGAGCUCAGAAAUAAAGAUUUCAGGCAUAGCAAUAGUCCUGCGCACAAAUAUUACCUGGCUACCAGCCCUGUUUCGGGGGCACUGUACCUGUCAGACACCAGCAGCAGGAAGGUCUUCAAGGUGAAGUCUUUGAAUACGGUGAAGGAUGUGGCAAAGAACCUCGAGCUAGUGGCAGGCACAGGAGAUCAGUGUUUGCCGUAUGACGAGACGCGCUGCGGCGACGGAGGGAAAGCCGUGGAGGCCACACUUACAAACCCUAGAGGCAUCACUGUGGACAAAUAUGACGUGAUCUUCUUCGUAGACGGCACCAUGAUCCGUCGUAUCGAUCAGAACGGUAUCAUAUCCACCUUGCUGGGCUUCAAUGACUUGACUUCUGCGCGACCCCUGAGCUGUGACUCCGUGAUGGACAUCUCCCAGGUACGUUUAGAAUGGCCGACAGACCUUGCGGUGAGCCCGAUGGACAAUUCCCUUUACGUGCUGGACAACAAUGUCGUCCUGCAGAUCUCAGAAAACCACCAAGUGAGAAUCGUAGCCGGUAGGCCAAUGCACUGCCAGGUACCUGGCCUGGAUCACUUCCUGGUCAGCAAAAUCGCCAUCCACGCCACCUUGGAAUCCGCCAACGCUCUCGCCGUAUCCCACAACGGCAUACUUUACAUUUCCGAAUCGGACGAGAAAAAGAUCAACCGCGUGCGACAGGUUUCCACCAAUGGGGAGAUCUCUCUGGUCGCCGGCGCCCCUAGUGGCUGCGACUGCAAGAACGACGCAAACUGCGACUGUUACUCUGGUGAUGACGGCUACGCCAAAGACGCCAAACUGAACGCACCGUCCUCGCUGGCGGUCUCACCCGAUGGAGAACUUUUCAUCGCCGAUCUGGGUAACAUACGAAUACGUUACGUCAGAAAAAACAAACCGUUCCUCAACCCGCUAAAUAUGUACGAGAUUUCCUCGCCUAUUGACGACGAACUCUACCUGUUUGACGUGAACGGGAGUCACAUCUUUACUCAAAGCCUGACCACUGGAGACUACUUGUACAACCUGACUUACUCAGGCGACGGUGAUCUGAGCAGCGUCAUGGACAAAAAUAGGAACAAAGUGACUAUUCGAAGAGACACCACUGGAUUGCCUCUUUGGCUGAUGGGUCCUGAUGGUCAGACCUUCUGGUUUACCAUUGGAACUAAUAAUGGUCUGAAAAGUGUUGCUACUCAGGGUCAAGAAGUAGCUAUGAUGACUUAUCAUGGAAGCUCAGGAUUGCUAGCCACAAAAAGCAAUGAAGAUGGGUGGACUUCCUUCUAUGAGUAUGAUAACUAUGGGCGGCUGACAAACGUAACCUACCCGACAGGAAGGGUGAGCAGCUACCGCACGGAUUCAGAAAGCACUGUGCGGGUGCAAACCGAGGGCUCCAACAAAGAAGACAUUACCGUUACCACCAACCUCUCAGCAUCUGGCACCUUCUACACACUUAUGCAAGAUCAAGUCAAAAACAGUUACUACAUUGGUUUGGAUGGCUCCUUGCGUCUGGUUUUGGCCAACGGUAUGGAAGUGUCUCUUUAUACGGAGCCUCACUUGCUGUCAGGUACCGUCAACCCGACCAUAAGCAAGAGAAACGUAACCUUACCCAUCGACAACGGACUCAACUUGGUGGAGUGGAGACAACGCAAAGAACAGGCGCGAGGGCAGGUCACGGUGUAUGGACGCAGACUCCGGGUUCAUAACCGGAACUUGUUGUCCAUGGAUUUUGACCGUGUAACCAGGACUGAGAAAGUGUAUGAUGACCACAGAAAGUUCACCUUGAGGAUUCACUAUGAUCAUGCCGGAAGACCUACUUUGUGGGCUCCAAGCAGUCGACUGAACGGCGUCAACGUCACAUACUCACCGGGCGGCCAUGUCGCUGGUAUCCAGAGGGGAACCAUGUCGGUCCGAAUGGAAUAUGACCAGAAUGGGAGGAUCGCGUCAAAGAUAUUUGCAGACGGAAAGUCGUGGAGCUACACCUAUCUUGAAAAGUCUAUGGUACUACUCCUAUACAGCCAGCGACAAUACAUCUUUGAGUUUGACAAGAAUGACCGCCUCUCUUCGGUCACCAUGCCCAAUGUUGCCAGACAGACCUUGGAGACCACCCGUUCCAUCGGUUACUACAGAAACACAUACAGACCCCCUGAGGGCAAUGCUACGGUUUUGCAGGAUUACAGCGAAAGUGGCCUGCUUCUUCAGACCAUCCAUCAAGGAACAGGGCGUAGAGUUAUGUACAAGUAUGGCAAGCUCUCCCGUUUGCUCGAAAUCCUUUACGAUACGACACGGAUUGCCUUUUCUUACGAUGAAUCUGCCGGUAUGCUUAAAACCGUGGGCCUACAAAGCGAUGGCUUCGCGUGCACCAUACGGUACAGGCAGAUCGGACCUCUGAUUGACAGGCAGAUCUUUCGCUUCAGUGAAGAAGGCAUGGUGAACGCUCGCUUUGACUACAACUACGACAACAGCUUUCGAGUUACGAGCAUGCAAGCGGUCAUCAAUGAAACGCCGCUGCCCAUUGACCUCUACCGCUACGACGACGUUUCGGGCAAAACUGAGCAGUUUGGCAAGUUUGGAGUCAUCUACUAUGAUAUCAACCAGAUCAUUACUACAGCUGUCAUGACCCACACCAAACACUUUGACGCUUAUGGACGCGUCAAAGAGGUGCAGUACGAGAUUUUCCGUUCGCUAAUGUACUGGAUGAUGGUGCAGUACGACAACAUGGGUCGAGUGGUUGCCAAGGAGCUUAAGGUUGGGCCUUACGCAAAUACCACUCGUUACGCCUAUGAGUAUGACGCCGAUGGCCAGCUCCAGGUCGUGUCCAUCAAUGACAAACCUCUGUGGCGCUAUAGUUAUGACCUGAAUGGAAACUUACAUCUUCUGAGUCCCGGUAAUAGCGCCAGACUUACACCACUGCGCUAUGACAUACGGGAUCGCAUCACACGAUUAGGUGACGUACAGUACCGACUGGACGAGGAUGGUUUCCUCAGACAAAGAGGCAAUGAUUUCUUUGAAUACAACUCUGCUGGACUGCUGGUUAAAGCCUACAGCAAAGUCGGCGGAUGGACUAUCAAGUACCGCUAUGAUGGAUUGGGCAGGAGAGUGUCCAGCAGAAGUAGCCAAGGCCACCAUCUGCAGUUCUUCUAUGCCGACUUGUCCAGCCCCACCAGAGUCACUCACAUGUAUAACCACUCAAGCUCAGAAAUCACCUCACUCUACUAUGACCUUCAGGGCCACCUCUUUGCCAUGGAGCUGAGCAGUGGUGAUGAGUUUUAUGUCGCCUGUGACAACAUCGGCACACCGUUGGCUGUUUUUAGCGGUGCUGGCAUCAUGAUCAAACAGAUACUACGUACAGCUUUCGGAGAGGUGUAUCUAGACUCGAACCCGAGCUUCCAGCUAGUCGUAGGCUACCUGGGUGGCCUCUACGAGCCACUUACCAAACUUGUCCACAUGGGCCGCAGAGAUUACGAUGUUCUUGCUGGCCGUUGGACCACUCCUGACCAUGAUGUUUGGAAGCGGCUUAACAGCAACAACAUUGUGCCCUUCAACCUCUACAUGUUCAAGAACAACAACCCCCUGAGCAACAGCCAAGAAACAAAGUGCUACAUGACAGAUGUUAACAGCUGGUUGGUGACGUUUGGUUUCCAACUGUACAAUGUAAUUCCGGGCUAUCACAAACCUGUCACUGAUGCCAUGGAGCCUUCUUAUGAGCUCAUUCAUACUCAGAUGAAGACUCAGGAGUGGGACAGCACCAAGUCUGUGUUGGGGGUCCAGUGUGAAGUCCAGAGGCAGCUGAAGUCUUUCGUACGGUUGGAGCGGUUCGAACAGAUCUAUGGAGCGAGUGAUUCUGGUUGCCCUCAGACGCCUCUCCGCACCCUCUUUGCCACGGGCAGCUCGUUGUUCGGCAAGGGCGUCAAAAUAGCAAUCCGGGAGGGCCGGGUGACCGCCGACAUCAUUAGCGUGGCCAAUGAAGAUGGGCGGCGGAUAGCGGCAGUGCUCGACAAGUCCCUGUACCUGCAGGAUUUACACUUCACCAUCGUGGGCUUAGACACCCACUACUUUGUCAAAUCAGGACCGGUAGAGGGUGACCUUGCCCUUCUGGGCAUGACGGUAGGCCAGCGGACCCUGGAGACUGGUGUUAAUGUAACAGUCUCACAAGUCAACACGGCGCUUGGUGGCCGUACGCGUCGCAUAACUGACAUUCAGCUGCAGUACGAUGCGCUGAGCCUAAACGUUCGCUACGGCAGCAGUCCAGACGAAGAAAAGGUCCGUGUGCUGGAGCUUGCACGGCAAAGGGCAGUCGCGGCCGCCUGGGCUCGUGAGCGUCACAGAUUAAGGCAAGGAGAGGAAGGCACUCGAGCUUGGACGGACGCAGAACGGCAGCAACUUCUGAGCUCUGGACGCGCGCAGGGCUACGAGGGCUUCUACAUAGUGUCGGUCGAUCAGUUUCCCGAAUUAGCUGACAGCGUAAACAACAUCCAAUUCUUGCGACAGACCGAGAUGGGCCGCAGGUGACAUGAUCGCAGGGGAAACGCACGCUCGGACAAGGCGUCCAGGACUUCUUGCCAAAGACAAGUUGCUUUUGUGACCAUAUUGUUUUACUUUAUUUUUACGUUGACUUGUUUUUUUAAUACAUGACGUACGCGGUUGCGAACAAUUGCACUGUAUGGACAGCGGAGUGCCCUUCUCAUUUUUUUGUACUACUUAAACCCUCUCUGCCCUUCGAGUGCGGCUGCUAAAAGAGGACAUAUGGCGGUGUUGGAGGUUUAUUUGGUUCUGCCUUCGUGUUUGUGGGUUUGCUCAAAUGAAUAUAGAAAGAGGAGUGGUAACGCAUUAUGCUCACUGGCUCAGCCUGCUGCCAGACGAGCAGAUUGUUAUUCACAAGCUUCACUCCACUCUGCCUUUUCCCGCGCCAAGGAGAGACCUCUUUUAAUCGCUUCUUUUUAUACUUGAAAGCCCACCGGCUGUGUCAUACAGUACUUAAACAAGGACGUUGAUGUUUGUGGUUCAUUGCUACUAGUUCAGGUUCCCGACUAAGCUCAUCUCAUGUUGAAAACUUGUUGUGAUGUCUUGUAAUAUUUUGGGACUGAGUGGUUUGCUAGUAACAUCCAUAUGUUUUUAUUUUAUUUUGAUCAAUAGCUUGAGUUCAAUUAAUGUGGAAGAUGUAUGUAAGCAUACAUUAAAUGUCUGAAAAUAGCUAGCCCUAUGGUCCAGUUACCUUGUAUGAAAUUGGCACAGCUCCGUUGCAAAAUCUAGUUUGCCGCAUACCAGAACAUCGUUUUUCUUUACCGUAGAAAAUUAUGCUUCCUUUUCGCCUGUCCUUUUUAAAUUAGUUAAUCCCACAAUGCACUAAAUAAAUCUAUAAAAAAUAUUUCAGUUAAAUUUUAAAUGGACUAUUUAACCACGGUUUUCUUGCGCCAUGUAUUUUUAUGCUAAUUUAAUAAUGCAGAUGUUAGCAUAGCCACAUGCUAAUAUCAGAAUCCAUCCGUUUUUCCAAUUUUUGUUGCACACAAUCCAUCCUAAAUAAUAUUUGAAACUAGAAUUAGUAUGUUCCUACAGAGCCCCUAAGGUGACAUUGGAGUAAAAAAAUAAAAGUUUAGUUUCAUGUGUUCACGUGAAACUUUCAUGUGCUCACGCGAAACCUUCAUGUGCAGAAUUUUUUUUAAAGUUUAGUUUUGCGUGCUAACGAGAAACUAUCGCGCAGGCACGUGAAACUAUCAUGCGCACAUGAAACUAUCGCGGGCGUAUGUGAAAGCGGAAGUUUCACGUGAGCAUGCAAAACUACACGCGGUAGUUUCACGUGAGCACGCGAUAGUUUUACGUGAGCACGCGAUAGUUUUAUGUGAGAAUGCGGUAGUUUUACGUGAGCACGCGAUAGUUUUAUGUGAGCACGCGAUAAUUGCACGUGCACACACGAAACUAAACUUUAUUUAAUUUUUGCUCCAUGUGCCCUUAGGGCCUCCAUACGUUCCCGAUCAUAGUACACUGAAAAAAAUUAAUUAUUUUAUUUACUCAAUUUUUUAAGGUAAGUGGUUGCAAUGAAUUUAUUUAAGCUACAUUUAAACACAAAAAGAGAAAAAUAAAAUAAAAAACUUUUGUUAAAAUUAAGCUUAAAUUAAUUGAUUGCAACCACUUACCUAAAAAAAUUAGUAAAUUGAAUGAAUAUUUUUUUUCAGUCUAUGUUGAACAGGCUAUCCUUGAAUUGCUAUUUCUGGUUAAAAUUUGAAGUUCAGAUCAAUGCACACUUUUGCACAACGCUGAUACUGACACAACUGAUUGUGGGAGGGGGAUUAGUGAUGCAUCACUAUAACCUACAACCCAUCAUCCAUUUUAUAUUUUUCUUGGACACUGCCUUAUGGGACGUACACCACAUGCAGAUUCAACAAUUUGCGCAAGUAGAUUACAUACAAAAUUAAUGUAAAGACACGUAUAGACGCAAACUCGCAUGGUGCAGUGCGAAUUACGCGAAUUGGCCGGUUCGAUUGCCGUGAAAACAUACGCUAUUCACAUCAAACAUGUAUUCGCGCAAGUUGAAAAGAAUUAACUAAAGCGAAAAAUUUAAGUUAAACCCUGCGAAUAAUCUAAAGCAAGGAAGGCGAUGUUUUGUGUUUGGUGUGUACGCAGCAUUAGAAUUAAACAGCACGGUGGCUUGCUAGUUUUUGCAACAGAGCUUUACUAAAGUCAUUAUUAGAAAGAUUUAUUUCUUUUAACAAAACACUAUAAUUUCACAUAAGCGUUAGUUUAAUACCUAGCAACACUCAGAGAAACGUACAAAAUGUGAACUGUUGUCCCUUAUAUUGCUAAUUGUUGUACUUGAACAAUGCCUAGUGUUUAAACACAUGGAAUAAAGUCCAGAAAAGGUCAGUCAAUUAAAUUGAUUCGGGUUUACGGCUUCAGCAAAAAGACCAUUCAUAUGGACCAUUCCUAAGAAUGACAGUAUUUAUUUUAGAGCUGUGUUUUUUGAGGAGUAAACAUCAUCACGUUUUGUCAAUGAAAUAAACGCUUCAAGCGUCCAAUGGCAUGAAUGCUUAAAAAUGAAGCACAUAACUUAAACAAGCUCUCCGACUUGUUGGUUUUUUAAAAGAAAUAUUUGGAGUGCUAUGAACAUUGCAUAUUACGGUAAGGACAGGUGACAACCCCUGCAAUUUGCCUUUUUCUCCCUAGGGUCAGUGUCGCAAGUGCUCUGAAUGCAAAAAUAAGACCCUCGAAACUCUGGUUAGAGGUUGAAAUGCACGUCUACCGUACCUGGCAACAAACCAUCGCUACGUCUCCCAGAGCUUGAAAUGAUUUUGCGGGACCCAUUUCUGAUCGGAUGGCGUUAAUACUGUACGCCGAACAUCGGUGGAUCACACUACCAUUCGGUGUACGAAUCUGUCGCUGCUAUCACUCUUGGGAUGAGCACUUGGGAACGGUCACAGUGGCGAGCUGAUCAAGUGCUUUAAGCUGUAAAAUACCAUCAAGCAUAUUUUGUUUUAUUUUUAUCGUCAUUAAAUGCAGUGGCAUCAUGAGUCUGACAACAUUGCUGUAUUUAAAAAGAAAGAAUGAAGGAUAAACACAUCGUGAUAAAUUGCACUGAGAACUACAUUGUAAGGCUUUUAUUUUUUCUUAACGUUUUGGACUCAUUUUGAUUGAUUGUUUGUUUGUUUGUUCUCAACACUGUGUUUCUAAACGCUGUAAAUAAAACGAGAAGAAAAUGGGCUGUAAAUACAAUGCAGAUGUAGAUACCUUUUAGAGCUACUGCAGUCAAUCUGUUUAGUCUUUAGUUAAAGACGAAAAAAUAAAGGAUAUUUUGUGUUUACAU